UGUUUGCUGUUGUGUUGUGUUUGUGUUGUGACCACUAAUUGCCCGAAAAAAAAACUGUCCGUAAAAUAAUGUCCGUAUCGUUGGACGACUUGCUAUUCCUGAGCGGACUAGACAUCGAGUACGGCUCCAAUCGCGAGUUGGCCAUCAAUAGGGCCGCCGCCGCUGCCGUCGCCACCAAUAGUUAUGAUGACCACAGUUUGAUUGCCACCACCGCCACCACCACUACCGAUAACAUAGCCGCUACAGUUGCCAGCGAUGAUGAUGAUGACCACUGUUUGAUUGCCGAUAACACCGCCGAUAAUAUUGCCGCUGACACCAGUGAUGACCACAGUUUUAUGGCCAAUGAUAACACCGUCGCCGCCGCCGCCGGAGCAGCCGAUAGUACUGAUGACCACAUUGUUAUGGCCAACACCACUGAUAGCACCACCAGUGAUGACCGCAGUUUGAUGACCACCUAUAGUACCACUGCCGUCGCCGCCGUUUCCAGUGAUGAUCACUCUUUAUCGGCCGACACCGAUAAUAACGCCGCCAUUGAUGCCAACAAUAACAAUACUGCCGACGGCCACGGCGAUGAUGUCGACGACGACUCGACGGCAUCAUAUAGUGACCAACAGCAGCAGCAGCGCAACGAUAACCAAUUGUCAAUGUCGGAGAUCAUCAACUAUUUGGCCGAACCGCCGUCGACACAGCCGCCAACAGCGAUCGUCAACCACUCGACAACAACACCAACCGUACGGUAUAUGAGCCCCGAUUGGCACCGACAGGUCCAACGACAAAUGUCCGAACUGAAAGUGUUGGUUUUGGGCGAACCGCACACUAUCGGCGGCGGUGGUAGUGGUGGUGGUAUCGGCCAUCACAAACUGACAGUCUGUUCCGAUAUCUGUCAUCGCCGAUUGGAUGGCAAUCUAUCGCAACUGAUGGACAGGCAAAAAGACGGCGGCGGUGGUGGUGGUGGCGGCCGGCGACUUAUGUUCCGAUCGUUUGCACCGUUUUCGCCAAUUAUUCGCAUGACUACCGCUGUCGAGUCACUGGUAUUCAGUAACUGUUCGGUCGAUACGAUUGCCCUGAAAUGGCUGAUCACUCAGUGUCCGCGACUCCAGUGUCUAACGUUUGACAAUAUCGACGGUAUACCUGAACUUCAUUGGCAUAAACUCGGCAAACCAUUGGCCAACAAAUUGCUACACUUUUGCUAUUCAGGUAAUCGUAUGAACAGUUGGAAAGCCUUACAAAAAAUGGUCAAAUAUUUCGAUAUACUCGACGAACUAACUAUUCACGAUUACGGCCAAUCACUGGACUCUCCGCUAUCCAGUGUCUCAUCCACUGUAACCCGACUGACAAUAUCCAAGUGUCAACAGUUGGACAUUCGCUGUUUGAAAUCUGUGCGCCGAUCGGUACGUCUGCGUCAAUUGACACUCGACUUAUGCGGCCACCAGUCCGACGAUAUCGUACAGUUUGUCUAUCAACGAUUCACCUGUUUAGUCGAAUUUCGGGUCAGAAAUGGCCGCAAAAUGGGUAUCCGAUUAUACCUGCAUCGACUGGAUUUGAAUGAGUUGACCAUUCAGUACGACGAAGAUCUGAAUCUAAACUUUCUAUCGACCACUAUAUCGCCGCGUAUUCAUUCACUGAUACUGGUAUCGGCUAUUAUUGUCCCAUCGCUGGUCAAACAUAUCGGCGAAUUGCGUAACUGUCGGCUAUUGAUGCUCAAAGAUUGUUGGUUUAACUGCGAAUGCAAAACUACCGGUUCCGCCGCCACUGCCGCCAGUACUAAGUCCUCCACCAAAACAACAACCGAUACGCCAACUCCUCCGACCGCCGGUGACUAUGAACCCGAUUUACGAUACAAAUGCAUCCAAUGUUUCAAACGUACCAUUCGUUGCAUUGUCCGUAUGCCAGCACUGGUCCGGUUGGCUAUCAAUGGCUACGAUUUUCCCGAACUAACGGCCAAACAGUUGGAGUUGUUAUAGAAAAAAGAAAAAACAAAA